UUAUAUUUAAAUUUCACUUUCUAAUAUUUUUCGUGGACAGUUAAACUACGGUGGUUGAGCAUGAACAUUUAUCGGCAAUUUUAAGUUAAAACUAUCACCGUCCAUGAAUUUUUUAUUGUUGUUACUUUAAUACUCAAUAAGUAGCUUGUAGCUUUUUAUGAUCAGUCGCCAGAAAUCACGAUUUUUAUGCAUUUCAUUGGUUAUAAAUACCGUAAUCUACUAUCGAUUAAACGAAUAUUUUGUCGUUUCUUAAAGAUGCCGUUUUAUGCUGUAAUUUUCAGGGCUAAGAAAGCCGGUGCAAUAGCCGAAAACUGGGAAACUGCUCGUGAGUUGAGAGAUGCUACUCCUAAUUCAUAUGCUAAAAAAUUUGAUACAAAAAUAGAAGCUGAAAAAUAUAUCAAAGAUUUCAAAUUCCAGAUUGUGCAAAAUACACAAAGCACUAAUGAUCAUUUUAAAGGUGUAAAAAGAAAAAGAUCUGAAAAUUCCAAUUGUAUGGUCAGUUCAGUGACAGAGCACUUCAAAAAAAUAAAAACAGCGUUUAGUGAUUUGCUUGCUGUAUCAUCUUUAAUAGGAUUAUCCGUCACCUCUAUAGACAAAUUGAAGAUUCUAAACAAAGAAGUUAUUGAUAAACUUCAUGAAAUAUUGAAUGUGAAUGAAACUGAAUCCAUAGAGAAUUUGUCCUUGGUUGCUACCACAAAUACACUAUCAAAUAAAAACUUGACUUUAUCUGAUGAAAACGAUUUGUGUUCUUCAAAUAUUGAUGCUAUUGAUAGUACCGACUUACUACCAUCUGAACUAGAAUUAGCAAAAAAAUCUUUCACAUUCAAUGAAAAAAAUGAAGUUGUUGUUUAUACGGAUGGUGCAUGUUCGAAUAAUGGCUAUAAAGGAGCAUCUGCAGGGGCUGGAGUAUGGUUUGGAAAAAGUCAUCCUCUGAAUUUGGCUAUAAAAGUUCCUGGAACACAAACUAAUAAUAAUGCUGAGAUAUUUUCUACCAUUAAAGCAAUUGAACGUGUUAAUUCUACUGGUCUUACUAGAAUAAGUAUACACACAGAUUCAGAUUUUGUCAUUAAAAGUGUAAAUGAAUGGAUGCCACGUUGGCAGGCUAAAGGAUGGAAAACUAGUGCAGGUGCUGAAGUUAAGAACAAAGAGAUGUUUAUGAUAUUAAAUAAAAAAAUCCAGUCUAUGGAUUCAGUUAGCUGGACGUAUGUUCCUGGCCAUAAAGGAAUUACUGGUAACGAGGAAGCCGAUAAGUUAGCCAGGAUAGGGGCUAAGAUGUGAAAACAUUUUUAAUUAACAUUUAUUAACCAGAUAUGGUAUAUUUGUAAUUGCUUAUCAAUUCAAAUUAAUGUUUUAAAUAGAUUUUAUACCCAUCCAUUAAAAUAUGUGACAAAUGUCAGACUAGUGAAGUUCAGUGAUGUAUGUAAACUAUUAUAAAAAAAAUAUAUAUUUUAAACUUAAAAUGAAAAUGUAUUAUUUCAAAUAUCAGUUCUUAACUUAAUAAAUUUUCAUAUCUAAUUAAA